CGGCCAUUUAUCGUUGUUGGUUUUUAGCAAGCAGCGCUGCCACGUAACGAUGGAUCAAUAAGUUAAAAUAAGUUUGUGGUGCCGCAAAAUACAUGUAUUAACGCCAAAUUUUAUAAAAAAUUGUGAUAUUAAGUAUUUCAUUUGUAUUGUGUGAUAUAAACACUAACUCUCUAUCUGUGAACGUAAAAGUGCAUUCGAUAACAGACUUGCGUGUUUCUAAAACAUUUUGAUGCCUCCCGUUAGCACAAGUUUCGCUGGUUGGUCUCCUGGCGUCCAUAUUUGUGUAUCUCUGGCUGGCCAGACUGAUAUGGAGCACUAUUGAAGAUGCGCGCCCCUACCCCCUCCGAGCCGAAGUCUACAUUUCCUACCUACCAAGUGCCUCAAAAGUCAGCCAUGAGGGGCAGCGCACCCCCAGUACAAGUUGCAGGGCCAUCUUGGGGGGGUCGAGCCGAUCCCCCAAGUAGUACCCGUUGCGCCGAUGAAGGCGCUCUGUCUGUGAUAUCCGGCUCAAGUUGCCGUUCAAUCGACAACUCUAAUAUUAGAAUGCAAUCUGUGACCGAAAAUUGUCUUCUGAACUCUGUUACCGUACCAAAUAUGCAACGUUUAGACCAUGGCAUGGUCACCCACAAUAAUAGCUUUAAGUUAGUUAGUAAGUUUGGUGCUUUACUCCCCGGACGAGACAUUCCCAAUCAAAAGUCUGAUGACCUCGAACUACUACGCGAUGACCUCAAUGUACUGAAUUCAACUAAAUACGAUACUAAAACACUCUGCGAUAACAACGAUGAAAAAGACGACCAUGAUGCAUACCAAAUGUCGAACAUUGAAACUCAUACCUGCACAAAUAAUGACAACAGCUAUCAAGAGCUGUACAAGCCUUUGAGACUUAGAGGGGGAGGCGAAAGUUCCCUCAGCACUGGUACUUCUGGAUGGGGCACGCCACCUUCUCAAUCUGGUAACAACAAUGCAAAUAAGAGCAAUGGCCAGCAACCACCUACCUCCCAAUCAAACAACACUGGUUGGGGUCAACCUGGAACGAAAACUGCAAAUAACAAUGCAAUGCCACCUAAUAGUCAACCUCCUACCUCUACUGCUAAUUCUCAGAACAACAAUGGACCAAGCAACAAUACCAAACAACAAUUGGAACAACUCAACAGUAUGAGAGAAGCCAUUUUUAGCCAGGAUGGCUGGGGCGGACAACAUGUCAAUCAAGAUACAAAUUGGGACAUUCCCAGUAGCCCCGAGCCUCCCAUUAAAAUGGAUGGUUCCGGAGGUCCACCACCAUGGAAACCGGCUGUGAAUAAUGGUACCGAAUUAUGGGAAGCGAAUCUUCGAAACGGUGGACAACCUCCUCCACAACCUCAACAGAAAACCCCUUGGGGUCACACACCCUCUACGAACAUAGGCGGUACCUGGGGCGAAGAUGACGACGCUGACACUUCUAAUGUUUGGACCGGCGUACCAUCCAAUCAACCUCAAUGGGGUGGUGCAGGUGGAAAUACGAAUAAUGGAGCCAUGUGGGGCGGCCCUAAGAAAGAAAACGAUUGGGGUACAGGUGCAAGCAAUACCGGUGGCUGGGGUGAUCCACGUGCAGCUGAUCCACGUCAAACUGGUAUGGACCCUCGAGAAAUCCGCCCAGAACUGAGAGAUAUGCGGGCAGGUAAUACAGAAACCAUGAGAAUUAUGGAUCCCAGAGAGACCAUGAGGCAAAUGUCUAAUAGUGAUAUGAGAGGAGAUCCGCGCGGUAUUACUGGAAGACUAAACGGAGCAGGAGCUGAAGCAUUUUGGGGCCAAGGUACACCUCAUGCAGCAUCUCAACCAAUACAUCACCACAACAAAAUGCCAGUGCCUCCAGGUAAUGGUACAGGCGGUUGGGAAGAACCAUCACCACCAUCUCAAAGACGUAAUAUGCCAAAUUAUGAUGAUGGAACUUCUUUGUGGGGUAAUCCUCAACAAGGCUCUCACUGGAAAGAUCUGCCCACAGGGGGAAGUAUGGGCCGUGGAGGUAAUCCUGCCGGACCACCUGGUAUGAAUCAAGCACGCGGUAUGAAACAACCUGAAGGUUCGAUGUGGGGUGGACACGGACGCAAUGGAUCUUGGGACGAAACAGGACCAGGUGCAGCCUGGGACGAACCUAAUUCUUGGGCGAAACAGAAAAUGCCGGAUCCUUUAUGGGACGAAUCUGAAUGGGGACACAAACAACAGAGCAAACCCCAGCUUACCAAGGAAAUGGUUUGGAACUCCAAACAGUUUAGGAUGUUGGUCGACAUGGGACAUAAAAAAGAAGACGUCGAAAAUGCUUUACGCUUACGCGCCAUGAACGUUGAAGAGGCUCUAGACCUCCUCAGCCCUAUGCGCAAUAAUCGAGCAAACGACGGGUGGAAUACCCGUCACGACGAUCACUACGAACAUCCCCCGUUCUGUCAACGGGGAUUUUCUACCGGUCCAGGUGGUCAAUUGACUGGUUUCCAACCAGGAAACAAUGCUCCAAAUCUCUUAAACAAUAUGUCGAAUCCAGGAACAAACAAUUCACUUAUUAAUAACAUUGCCCCUGCUGUCGUACAAAAGUUGUUGACACAACAACAAGGGGGUGGAUCUCAAGGUUUUGGUGGUUCUUCGGCGAAUGCGGGAAGAAAUAUCCAACCACAGUCUCAGCCUUCAACGCAACAACUACGGAUGUUGGUGCAACAAAUACAGAUGGCAGUUCAGGCAGGGUAUCUCAAUCACCAGAUUCUUAAUCAACCUUUGGCGCCACAAACGUUGGUUCUUCUAAAUCAACUGUUGCAACAGAUCAAGAAUUUACAGCAGCUCAUAUCACAACAAUCAAUAACUGGUACGCCUAUCAACGGAAAACAGAAUAACGCUUAUAUGCAGUUUUCAGUACUCAUCACAAAAACAAAACAAUCAAUUGCCAAUUUACAGAAUCAAAUCGCUGCUCAACAAGCGACUUACGUUAAGCAACAACAACACCAAAGCAGCAUGGGUGCCUAUGACUCAUUUAAAACGAAUCCCAUGCAUGAUUCGAUAAACGCUUUACAAACCAAUUUUGGUGACUUAGGCAUUAACAAAGAGCCUCAAAUGAACCCACAACAAUCACGACUCACCCAGUGGAUAAGUAAAGAUAAGGAUGAUGGUGGAGAAUUCAGUAGAGCACCUGGUUCAUCUUCCAAACCUCCUAAUACCUCGCCUAAUAUGAAUCCUCUCGUUCUCAAUCCAUCAGAUGGACCAUGGUCUACUGGUAGAACAGGAGAUACUGGUUGGCCUGAUUCUUCAGCCAAUGAUAACUCGAAUGAUGUGAAAGACGCACAGUGGUCAACCACCACUCAACCUUCCCUGACUGAUCUUGUACCUGAGUUUGAACCUGGAAAGCCCUGGAAGGGUAAUCAAAUAAAAAUUGAAGAUGACCCCAGUAUUACACCUGGUUCGGUGGUGCGUAGUCCCCUGUCUAUAGCAACAAUCAAAGACAAUGAACUUUUCAACAUGAAUCCCAGCAAAAGUCCCCCUGCCACUGAUGGUAUACAAUCAUUAAGUCUCAGUUCAUCCACAUGGAGCUUUAAUCCAUCUGGUACCUCUACAUCAAGUGCGUUUACUAGUCCUCCUGGAAAAUUGCCAACAUCUAAAGCUUUAGGAGAUUUGAAUCCCUCGACUGCCGUGACCUCUGAACUUUGGGGAGCUCCAAAAUCAUCCAGAGGUCCUCCCCCUGGUUUAUCUGCAAAGGGAAGUGGUGCUAUAUCAAAUGGUUGGUCCGCUGUUAACACUAUGCCGUGGGGACCAGGAGGCCAAAGAACUUCCGGAAAUUGGGGAGGUUCUUCCCAAUGGUUAUUGCUUCGAAAUUUGACUGCUCAGAUUGACGGUUCUACAUUACGCACAUUAUGUUUACAACAUGGUCCUCUCUUAAGUUUCCAUCUAUACUUACACCAAGGCUUUGCACUUGCCAAAUAUUCAUCCCGUGAGGAAGCUAUCAAAGCUCAGACCACCCUCAACAACUGUGUACUCGGUAACACAACAAUACUAGCCGAAAAUCCAACCGAUUGGGAUGCAAACACUUUGCUCCAACAAGUAGCAAGUCAACAGAGCGGCUCUUCCGGCGCAUGGCGAGGUUCAAGCAAACAACCCACUGGGGCAGACACCUGGAGUACCGGCUGGCCCAACAAUUCAAGCAGCACCAGUUUGUGGGCAGCUCCUCAACUCGACAACUCAGAUCCCGCUCGUGGAACCCCAUCUAGUCUAAAUUCUUUUCUUCCUAACGACCUCUUAGGUGGUGAGUCCAUGUAAGUUAAGGAUGAAACCAAAAUAAUUCCAUCUUAGUUACAAGUGUUGAUAUCUCUCUCUGCGCUAUUUCACUAUAAAAGUUUUAUUGAAUGUUUUUAAUGUUUUAUAAUAUUAAAUUUAACAAUUGUCUUAGAAAUUUUGAUGAUAUUUAUUGUAUUAUUUAACAAUCUUUUUUAUUGUUAUUUGUAAAUGUAUUUCUAUUUUUAAUUUUUAUGGUGAUUUAAGAGUUGUUGUUUUAAAGGUGUUUUUUGUUUAUUUUCAGUUAUUUAUAUAAGGAUUUCAACAAAUGUACACUAUUAUUAUUAUUAUUAUUAUUAAUUAUUAUUAGCGUCUAGAAAAGGGUGAAGAAUUUAAACAUUUUUUUCCUGUUUGUAAGUUUUGCCAUUUAUUUAUUUGGUGUAUGUUUGUGGAUUAGGUUCCCAAAUAAAAUGCUUAAAAAUGACAUUUACCAAAUCAGACGUAAUCAUUACUUCUAACUUAUAUUAUGGACUGCAAGCGUUUAUAGUAUUCCAUUGAUAUCACGCUCAAGAUUCAUAACGCACUUUAUGUGACAUUCAUAAAGAAACCCAACUAGUCUCAAUCAACAAGAUUAUAUAAUUGCAUAGGUAUAUAAUAUUAAACUAAUUAAUAUAUGUGACCAAACUCAUUAUAAGUUCACUAUUUUAAGUACUGUAAAAUUUGUUCUUUCAUAUAAGAUAUUUUUCUUGUAUAUUAUGGUUAGUAUAUAAAUGUUACUUUUCAUAAUUUAAUAUGUACCUACAUAUAAACUAUUUGUAUGUGUUUGUUUCUCCUGUAAAACGACAGCAUGAUCAGAUUGACGAAAUUUAAUGUUCUCAAAAAAUUACCGGGUCAUGUAAACGUUGGUCAUACCCCAGUAGCGGUGCCUAAAACAACAAGGCUAAUAAUCUAUUAUGUCUACUUUUAAAGGAGCUGUGCUUUUUGGGCCACUUUUCGAUGAUGCAGUCACAACUGGAAACGAUUUUUCGUAAAAAUUAAAAACUAUAUUAGGCCUUGUCACGUGAUGUACCAACUGGUUAAUGUUAAUUACACUCUAUCGUAGAGGUUUUUUUGUUGUAUCUAAUCAUUAUUUACACACAGUUCGCAUUAAAAGGUAAAUUUAUUGGCCCAAAAAGCCGCUCGAAGAAGUACAAACUUCGAAAAAAUAUUCUUUGUAGUACUAAAGCACCAAAUACUCACAAAAUAUUAUACUUAAUAACUGUCCACUGUGAUCUAAAUUUGUUUUAUAAGAUGAGAAAGAUUCUAGUCAAGAAUGAGGUACAAUGGAAAGAAACGUACAUAUGCUGUGUGACAAUAACGCCUUAUCAAUAGGAAAUUGGAUAUGUGCAUGCGACAGCUAAAACCUGAACUAUUUUUGCUGCUACUGUGGUUUUCCUUCCAUUAAGCUUUUUUAGUGAAAAAAGACAAUAAAUGCAAAAUUUUGCUUUGAAAGCAUUUUGAAUAGAGUAUUUUGUAACACUUUUGCCUUGAUAUUGACGGUAAUUUUUUAAGGACUUCGUUUAGUGUACCUAACAUCCUGUCGUGUUACAUCGUGGUCUCUUUAUCCUUUCAUGAUGCAUAUCCGACCGAUAUUAUUUUUCUUGUUGUAACAGAGUUUCUUUCAGAUGUGUAUCAUGACAUAAAAAUGUUUAAACCCACAUAACCUGUGAUCUCCGAUUCCUUAUCAUGUAGAAUUACACAUACAAAAAAUAAUCCUUUAUAUGUAAUAUUGUUAUUAAAUAAAAAGUGCGGUUAUGCGGAAACCGCAGAGGUAACACCACACAAUCAGUUUUAGACUGCACAUUCUGUACUAUUCUUAAAUAAAUUGAGUAAUAAUAACGAAAUAUUUAAAAAAUAACAUAACUAUUUAAUAUAUUAACUGAUCUUAACGAAAUUAUUGUGGCAGUGACGCUUCUACAUCACAGUAAUUCAUAGUACAUUAUUUUCUUUAGACGGGCAAAUGAGUGCAAAAACAAAAUGUAUUACUAGUAAUUUUUAUUUCAAAGAUAUUCAUUAAUUGUCGUUAUAUAUUCUACUUAAUUAUUUUAAUAAAAGUCUGUUAGUUAAGAAAGUCAAUUUAUACAAAUAAUAUAGGUUAGUCUUUGUUUUUAGAUAUGAUAAGUAUUUUAGGACAAACAUUUCUAUCUUAAGUAGAUCUUGGAAUAUCUUUUGUUUUGCUUCAUAAAUCGGGACAAUCUCGGCGAAUAAUAGAACUUAUUUUUAUUUUUAUUGCCGCAGUACAAACACAUUGAUAUCAACAAAACGACUAUAUUUUUCGGGAUUAGAAGCUCCAAUAAGCAAAUGUAUCCAAAGAAAACUGACGUCAUAUGGGUAUUCAAUAAACUCUAAAAGUAAUCUUUUAUCUCUUAAAACUAACCUUUGCUAUCUAGUUGUUGAAAAUCUAAUGAACCCGAAAACUGCUACAGAUAAAGUAAAAUGGGCUGUGAUGAUCAUCUACAUCAUUAAAGGAUGAGAACUAAGAAGACAAUUUGAAUUCUUAAUCUUUAUUAUACUGAAAAAUCCUUGCUAUUAAGUGCCCAGAUAUUUGUAUACAUAUACGUAUACGGUGUAUAUAUAAAUAUAGUGCUUUUCAUAAUGGUUUAAGAAUACAAAUUAAAAGAUAGACAGAGGGUACACCGCUACUUCAACCCCGUUCAAUUUUGAUGUUUUAAAUUUUAAAAAUAUUUGGUUACAUUGUCAGUUACCCAUGGAGUUAACAUCUUAUGUGUCUAUUUUUCUUUAAAAAUUAUCAAUACUUGGUUGUGUUUCACUCUGUUGAAUGCUUUCUCAUUAUCAACAAAGCAAACAUAUAAUCCUUCGUGCAGUGUUGUCAGUACAUUUAUACUAAAUAGGUUCCUAAGCCACUGUGGAAACUGAAUUAUACUCUCUUCACAUUUUUUUGUUCUUUUGAGAAAGAACAAAGAACUGUUGUUCUUUUUAUUUUUUUUUACUUCUUUCGAUUUAUUCUUGUUAUUGAUUGCCGUCUUUCAUCCUGGAAGAGUUUCUAUAUAUUUCUCCACAUGCCUAUGUUUUUCUCCAGUUCCACUAUUAUGUUUUCACGUUAUUUAUUAGUUUCGUUUAUCUUUUUAUUUUUUAUGUAUUUCUCCAUUACUGUAAUCUUAAUACUAUACUAUACUAUUUAAAAAAACCCCUUCUUCUUUAAGUUACAUCUUCUAUCGGAGUUGGAAAUCAUGGCAAUGCGGACCCUGUUGACUGCCGCUCUGAAUAGCUCUGCACUACUGCAUUCGAACCAAAAAAUACCAGAUUGCUUAAAACUAAAGCUGAAAUGAAAAUAUUGUCUACAUUUUAUACACUUAACAUUGUCUUUGCCAGAUUAAAUGUUCAUAUGACUGUCAGUUAUAGGGAUACAGUAUCUGUCAAACAGCAAGUUAUCAAACCAUAUUUUGAUACAUAUCAAUCAAACGAAUAUUUCAAUGGGAAAAUACUUACUACAGAAUUAUGUGAUGUAUUAAAAUAUUUGCCAAAUCAUUAAGAGUUCGACACGUUACGGGGGGAGAUGGAGAGCAUACUGUACUAUUCAAAAGCCCCGUGAUCAACUAAAGUAUGAAAAUAGUCAUCAAGUUCACAUCUCUAUCCCAUUUCGUAUGGCUCUUGAUGACAUUCAGAAUAAUGUUGGUGUUUAUGUGUAUUGUAUGUUUAGUCAUAGACUUUCUUUCUAUGUUAGUCCUAAACUGUGAUUAGCGUUCUUAAGGGGGUACAGUCUAUGGAGCCCGUAUAGAACUCAAAAAUCACAUCAUUUUAUGGUGUUCAUGAAAAACUGAUUCUUCUAUUACUGUCCUAAAUGUAAAAUUUUCCUUUUGAUAUAACCAUCCUUUUGAUAUUGUGUUUAUAAAGUAUUUAUGUAAGUUCAUUUUAAUUAUAUAAAUAUCGAAACAAAAUUAAACAAGCUAAAAAAUACGCUAAUGUGAAAAAUAUGUGUUCCUACUUGUGUGAUUUUAUCUAUCUAACCGAAAAAUUGAAUUUUAAUAGUUAUUAGUUAUGUUCCGUUAACGGUAGUGCGACGAUAAUUUUUGCUGUCAAACGUGACAUAAGACACUGACGGAUGAUGUUGACAGUAAAGUGGACAACGACUGAAACAUUUCAUGCUUUUAAAAAAGAUGUGAUAACCCACGUUCAAAUAAAUAGGGUACAAAAAAAACAACAUAUCAUUUCACAUUAACGUAUCAAAAAAAAAAUCAAAAUCAUAUUUGAGACUUAUAUUUGUAUACUUGCAAAUUUUUGAAUAGGAUAUCAUCUUUGUAUAAUCAAAAAUUCGAACAAGAAAUUCAAUGACACAUUUAAAAAACUGCUGGCAAUGAAAAUUCCUAAGUAGUUUUAACAUGAACGUAAAAAAUGAUUUUCUGAUUCUCUAAUAUACUUUUGUAACAUUUUGUACCACCUCGAUGUAUACAAACUCGACCGUUCUAAGGAAUUCCACAAAUUGUCACAUUUUUCACAUGAUCCAUAAAUCUCUGGUUCACUAACUGAACUGAUGUAUUAGUCUAAGAGCUAGUGAACCCUCCGACUAACGGUGGUCCUGUAAGGCUAGAAAUUUGUCUAGUGAUAAUUAUUAAUAGCACACCAAGGCUAAAAACCAUAACCUGACAGGCAUCAGCUGUGCACGUGUAUCUACCAGGUGAAUCGAAAAGUGCAAAUUUAGGGGGUAAAAUAAACUUUCUCCUGUAAUGUUUAAAUUUAAGUGUGUGUCUGAGUAAGUCAUUUAGAAGAAAUGUGUACAAUGACAGGCGAUUCUGAAGAGCAUAAGACCUUGCCAGGCGAGGGGAAAGAUUAGGGGUUUUUCCUAAAAUUAUCUUUUUUGUAUCGAAAAGUUUUUUUUAGGUUUUUUGAAUCAUUCCAAACAGAAAAGGUCUUUGGUGAUUUUUCUCUUAAGUUAAUAGUUUUUGUUAUAUAAGCGAUUAAAAAUUUUGAAAAUUGCGAAAUCGGCCAUUUUUAACCCUAAAUCGGACAUUUAACUAAAAAUUUCAAUGUUGCCAAGGUAGGUAGAUAUUCUUUAAACAUUGAUUGAUGAAAUCUCGAAGAGUUUUUUGCAAUACAAUAUCGAAAACCCCUUUGUUUUUUAAUUGCUAAUCAAGCGGGCGCGACACUGUAGUAUAAAUGAGGACGUUUGAGUUUGCAUAAAUUCAUUAUCUCGAGAAUGGGCAAAUUUGAAGAGAAAUCCUCAGAGAGGUCGAUUUUUAUUUUUAAAUUAGGACUUUUUGGCAUAUAUAUAAUACUAGUGACGUCAUUCAUCUGGGCGUGAUGACGUAAUCGAUGAUUUUUUUUAAAUGAGAGUAGGGGUUGUGUGUUUGCUUAUUUGAAAGGUUAUUUAAUUCUCUAUUCAGUAAUAUAAACCUUAACAUAAUUAUUUAUACAGAGUGUACAAACAAUUUUUUUCUUCUUUUUGUCUAAAUUAAUUUAAUAAAAAUUUUUUUUUGUGCACCCUGUAUAAAUAAUUAUGUUAAUGUCUAUAUUACUGAAUAGAAAAUUAAAUAACCUUUCAAAUGAGCUAUCACAUAACCCCUACUCUCAUUUAAAAAAUCAUCGAUUACGUCAUCACGCCCGGACGGAUGACUUCACUAGUAUUAUAUAUAUGCCAAAAAGUCCUAAUUUAAGAUUAAAAAUCGACCUGUUUGAGGAUUUCUCUUUAAAUUUGCCCUUUCUCGAGAUAAUGAAUUUAUGCAAACUCAAACGUCCUCACUUAUACUACAGUAUAAGGAAACAUACUACAGUAUAAGUGAGGACAGUGUCGCGCCCGCUUGAUUAGCAAUUAAAAAACAAAGGGGUUUUCGAUAUUGUAUUGCAAAAAACUCUUUUUGAGAUUUCAUCAAUCAAUGUUUAAAGAAUAUCUACCUACCUUGGCAACAUUGAAAUUUUUAGUUAAAUGUCCGAUUUAGGGUUAAAAAUGGCCGAUUUCGCAAUUUUCAAAAUUUUUAAUCGCUUAUAUAACAAAGACUAUUAACUUAACGAGAAAAAUCACCAAAGACCUUUUCUGUUUGGAAUGAUUCUAAAAACCUAAAAAAACUUUGUUCGAUGCAAAAAAAUAAUUUUAGGAAAACCCCAUACCUAAUCUUUCCCCUCGCCUGGCCAAGGUCUUAUGCUCUUCAGAAUCGCCUGCCAUUGUACACAUUUCUUCUAAAUGACUUACUCAAACACAUACUUAAAUUUAAACUUUACAGGAGAAAGUUUAUUUUACCCCCUAAAUUUGCACUUUUCGAUUCACCUGGUAGAUACACGUGCACGGCUGAUGCCUGCCAGUUAGCCUUGGUGUGCUAUGAAUUGUCACUAGAAAAAUUUCUAGCCUUACAGGACGACCGUUAGUCGAAGGGUUCACUAGCUCUUAGACUAUAUGUACAUUUUUGAUUUUCACAUUUGAAUGCUCAUAUCGUAAUCCAUGACAUUAAAAUCUACCAACUAUUUUAAUUGAUCAUUUGUACUAUAGAGGCCGAUGGAUUCCGUUUUUAUCUUGUAGUCAAAUCCUUUUCCAACACUACUAGAUUUCGCGGAUUCUCAAUCAUGUCGAACAUUUAUAUACUUUUAUAAAUCCAAAUAAAACAAGGAAACGAAGUUGUGAACAUAUUCUCAGUAUUGAAGUACAACUACAUCUCAUAUAGAGAGUGACAUUAUGUAUACAUACUACAAACAAGUAGUAUGAGUUUGUUGCAGCUUUUACAAAUAUCGUACCUAUCAAGGAGCACAACGCAAAAAUCAUCCAAAACGUAGUUCUCUUUCUGAUAUUUCAAGGUGUUAUACUGUGAUUUUGAAAAUGGCUUGUCUGAAGAAAGGAACUAUUUUUGGCAGCUCAUGCGAGAAAUACGAUGCAGUGCUAUUCGAAACGCCCUAUUUCAUCUAGUCUUAUUUCCAUGUUGUUAAUUAACACACUAUAGUUUAAAAAGAAGACUGAAAAAAUGAGAUCUUAAUUAUUUACUUGCAUUUAACCUUUGUUUUUAUUUUUUGCUGGACAUAUCAAAAGGAAAGUUUUAGAUCAGAGAUGUCUAUUUAUCGGUAUUAGUAUUUUUGGAAAAUUGAAUCGGCCUUUAUAUAGCGUAUUUGUGAUAGAAGACAUGCGCAGUACAGCGACAGCUACAACAAACUGAGCAGUAUUCUUUAUAAUAUGUGCUGCAGGUGGCCUAUUUCUCUCUGGGAAUAAUCUAAUCUUGUCUCGUUCAAUUGGUACCUGCUUUGAUAAAAGACAUUCGAAUUGUAAUUAACGCUGUACUGUUAAUACCACAAAUAAUUGUUUUAUUUAUUUUUGUAACAUCUCUGAAAUAAUUUUGUGGGUUCUAAGAGUUGAUCAAGUUUUAAGUACACAACUGUGCUGUGACUCUUAAGUGGCUUUUUAGUUUUUAAAUAAUAAAAAUUAUAUUCUAAGGAGCUCUCAUUAUUAAAGCUUUUUAAUGGUGACCGUUAUUUAUCAAGAAAACUUAAAUUGCCAUUUUCAAUUAAAUUUUAGCGGCUGUAGGGUAGAAACUGACGACUAGAACAUGCAAUAUAGAAGAGGAUAUGUAUCAUUGAUAAAAUAUUUUGAGAAUACUCAUACAAUCAGUAUAACUGAUACUUUAUUUGGCUUAGUAGCUCUAUGUGUCAUGCAUUUAUGGCCACGAUUUAUUUGGAUCUGACUACAAUUGAGUAGUAAUUAAACUUCCGCCUAAUACUAAAAAGAUACUAAGAUACACAAAUCAUAAAUUUAAGCCCGAUAUUCUAGAUGAGUAUAGAGCUUCUAUUUCAUUAAUAACACACUAGUUGAAUUAAAUUUCAACUUUACAAUUACCACUUAUAUUAAUAUGGAUGAAGUAGCUUCUGACUAAGAAAGAUAACAUCUGUGUUCUCUCUUUAGAAACGCUUUAGAUGAUAAUAGGUCUAAAAAUGACCCAUUAUAACCAUGAAAACAAUUAUGUUUAUCCCGUAUGUAUGGCUCUUGCUUCUACUAAUUGUCAAAGCAAUUUAUUUUCAUGGGAUGAUUGAAACUUCUAUUUUGCUAAUAUUGACUAUGUCAGACGUUUACUCCAAAGCUUUGCUGUGUUAUACUGUAUCAAUAUAAAUGUGUUUUAGCCGAUAAGUUAGGCUUGAUAAUAAACGGAAACUGUUAUAUUAAAAAUGGUGCAAGAAUUUUGGACUGCUUUGGGAAUAAAGUCGAUGAUAGUGAUCUUGUAACUCCUGAAGCAGUCUAUAUAGAAGUUCCAGUAAAAAUAUCUAAAUUUAGUAUAUUAAUGCCAAUUUGAAUUUUGUAGCUAUAGUGUAAAAUAUACUUAGUCCUUAAGUGUCAAUAUUAAAAUGGUUUUUAAGGAGUUUGGUAGUAGGGGUAUAUUGUUUUAUGUUGUGUGUUCAUAUAACUGACAACCAAUCUGAAUGUGACGCCACUACCGUCGAGCAGUAUCAUCAUACUGCCUAAUUAUUUCCUAGGUGUCGUUGAAACCUCGGGAUACCUUUAAUACUAUUUUUAAGGAGAGUGGUUUUAUUUGAUCAUUAAAUAGUGGUCCACACUUCUCGAAUAAUAUGUAUUGUUGAUUAUUGUGAUAUUUAGAUAGAAUUUCUCCAAUUUGCUGUAAAAUAGUUUUCUUAAUAAAUAUUAUCGAUACUUA